GCUGCAACAUGGAGACUUGUUGCAGGUUCCGCCGCCUCCGCAGGCGCCGUCAUUGGAGUCAGAAUGGAGGCGGCUCCGGUUACUACAGCUACUACGCGGAUGAGUCAGAGGAAACCGGCUUUCUGCAGGAGGCUUGGUGCCACCAGAGUGAGGACUGCGAGGACUACGAGGAAUACGAGGACGACGCAGAGCUCUGA